GAAUGGCGGAAAUUGCCGACAGAUUGUUUUGAUUUGGUAGCCAUUUUGGUUGAACAGAAACGAAUCUCUAUAGAAAUCGUCCAUCAUCCUCCGCAUUCACGUUCAAGAUUACCUGUAAUUUGUGUUAAAGCAAGCGAAUAACUAUCAUUUAUACGCUGAAUUUAACAUUUUACUUCGUACUCAUUCCUGUAUUACAUAUUUCAUUCUUGAAGUUGCCUAAGGUUUAUAGAUGGCUUGCGGAGCGACGUUGAAAAGGAGUUUGGAUUUUGAUCCCCUCCAUAGCCCAGGUCAAACUACUCCAAAGAGAAGAAGAUGUGCACCAAUGAAUUUAUCUCCAUCAACACCUCCUAGACAUGCCCAGCCUUCCCCCUUUGGUGAUGUAAAUCCUAAACUAACUUCUGAGCAAAUAGCUGCAAAUUUAACGAUGGAGAUACGUCGUCUACAAAAGAGGAAGCAACUUCAUUUUCCACACUCUAGUUCAAAUCUAUCACCACCAAAUAGUCCUAGCCAGUCAACCUCAACAGAUAAUGUGGCAUCACCGUCUGCCAUGGAUAGUUCUAGUGUUCAAAGUCUAGUUCAGUGUAGCUCGAACAGUCUAUUUACUGCCCUAUCUCCAAACAAACGUGACAUUCCUUUGUUCACAUUUAAACAAGUGAGCAUGAUAUGUGAAAGAAUGCUGAAAGAAAGAGAAUCACAAAUCCGUGAACAGUAUAACAGUGUUCUAACAUGCAAAAUGGCAGAACAGUACGAGGCAUUUCUAAAGUUCAAUCAUGAUCAGAUUCAAAAAAGAUUCUCCUCGGAUACAGUAGCAAGUUAUGUGUCGUGAGAAUAUAAAGAUUGUAUGCAUGGACGUAUGGUCAGUGAGUGAUCCGUGGACAAAGCCUCGUAUACAAGCAUUUAUCAUCUGUUAUAAUUGUUCUUAAGCACAUGUUGUUACACAAUUUUACUUGUUUAUCAAGAGUUGGUUUUCAUGAUUGCGUUUGCAUGUUUUUACACCCAUGAUUAUCUGUUCUUAAAAGCAUUGUUUUUAAAUCAUAUUAUAGCGAAGUGUGCACUUGAGGGAUUGUACUUGAAUUUUGAUGUUACUAAGAUUUUAUUUGCAUUUUUUUUCAAGGGUAUUAAUUCAUGUAACUUUAAACAUUAUUGAUACACAAAGCACCUUGACAUAGAGGGUAAUUUAGUGUUUUAUUUAGCAUACAUUGUAUGUAUAACACAGUAUUCAACAGCGAUUACUUACUGAUACAUGCCAAAAUAUUAUUUAUUUCAUUUCAAAGUUACAUGCAGGUAAAUUGUCUGUUGUAUAAAAUCACAAUCUUGCAGCAGUUUCCUGUUAGACUAAAGAAUUGAAAUUUUUUGUUCUUUCAUGUUUCUAUUUAUCAUCUUUUUUAUUUAAGAAUAAAAGUUUACAAUUUAUACAAAUAUCUGUACAUAUAUUAAUUCAUGUGUUUGUUUUAUUUUAUUUUUCACCUUGUAUCAUAAUACUGGUAGUAGAAUUACAAGUUUUAGUUAAUGGGACAUACCAUUAAUGUACAAAAUUUAAUAUUUGUGUAUUUUAGUUGUAUGUAGAUAAACGGCGGAUAGCGUUUCAGUAUUUCACUAUUUGUCAUUGACUGAGUUUUUCCUUCUUCCUUUUUAUCAUUUGUUAAAUCCAGCAAAGUAGCUGUAGAAAUGUAUUAUUUUCUAGAUGUAUUAUUAUUUUUAUGUAGAGAAAAGUAAUUGGUUUUAGAUUUAACAUAUAUAGAUAGGAAUUUGUGCUAUGAAAAAAAACUAUAUGAUUAUGUAUAAUGUAAGAUCUAUAUGAAAUAAGAGUUUUAAUUUAUCAUUAACUUUUAUUAGUAGAACUUAAUUAAAACACAUACUUUCUUAACCUUUGUUUUAAAAUAUUUCAUUGGGUGAUUUUAUCUGGACAAAUUUUGAUGACAGAAUUUUGCAUUGAAUAUUGUGUUAUAAAGAUAGCAUUUUUGGAAAGGAGUCUAGAGUAUAAUUCAUUGACUGAGGUGAACCAUUUGCUUUUUCAUUUUUAAUUUCUGAGGUGUUGUGUACUUGUAAUGUAUAUAUUCAUUUUUGUGACUUUUCUAGGUUCUAAGAGUUUUGUACAUAAUGAAUAGCGUUCAAAAUGCAAAUGAUAUUUUAUUUUUGCUCUAGAUGUGUUGGUGUGAUUUGAAGCUUUGUACUUGUAUUAUUACCUAUUUUUAAUAUGGCUUGAAAUUAUUUUUUUUGUUAAUAGAAAAAAAGAAAACUAAAUUUUACAAAAAUAGAAUAAGGCCGUUAUUUUAUUACAUUGUUUUUGUAAAUGAUGGAAGCGUCAUUUAUAUUUAAUGAUAGUAUCAAAAAUGCCAUUUUUCUCAAAUAUUUGCUUCAAAUGUCAUCAUGCAAAAAAAGAUAUUUAAAGCCAAUAGUAGAAUAAAAAUUAGGGUUUUACAGUGUAAAUGGGGGCUGCAUGACUUGAAGACUUGUUGCAUGUUUUCAUCAUUGUAUAUAAUCAUAGUGGCAUCAUAUAUUCUGCUCAUUUCUUUGUAUAUUACAAAGAUUAAAGUUAAUAAAGUCUUUCAUAAUCAUUUAAUAUAUGUAUCAGUCCAGUGAAAAGCCUCAUUAUUUUAUUUGUAGAAGAUUUCAUUAAUAGUAAUAUAGAAUUAUUUUCCCAUGUUUUUCAUUCACUUUAAAUAGACUGGACAUGUACUUGGUGUGAUUCUUCACAAGAAUGGAGGGGAAAUUGUAAAUUCUACCUGAUUUUUUUACUGUGUAAUUUGGUGCUAAAACUUUUUUUUUCUAAAAAACCUAAAUAGACCGAAUAACCAAGGACAUAAUAUUUAUGUCCUAAUCAAGUUUUCAUGACUUUUAUAGAAUGUCAGUUACUUAUAACACAGUUGCCUCCCUUCGCAUUCAAUGUUAUAUAUUGAAUUGAUUUUUUUCUCCUCAAAAUUUUGUCUUCAGCAAAGUUUGUUAUUGUCUGUACUUGUUUAAUUUUCAAAGUGUUGUGGGAAGCUUAAAUUGCUGGGAAAUAGAAUUUGUCAAAAUAAAGUUUAAGUUAUUCAAAUAAGAUUAAGUAAGAAUAAGUAUAAUCUUUAAACCUUCAGAUGUAUUGUUUCUUAUGUUUUACGAUAGUUAACAUAAACAAGAAUUUUAAUGUCGGAUGAAUUAAAUGUUUAACCAAUUAAAAGUUGAAGGUAAUUUAAAUUUCUUACAGAAAGUGAGUUCCAUAUUAUUUAAGUAAAUAUUUUAGUACAUGUAUUUUUUAUCAAGAUGCCUAUUUAAUCUGCAUGUACUGAUUUGGUAUUUUUAUGUUUCAAGAAUAAAUUUAAUAAAUUCA